AUGGCGAGGCAGGAGCAGGAGCGGCAGCGGCAGCGGCAGCUGCAGGUGCUGACCACGCUCGACGCCGCCAAGACGCAGUGGUACCACUUCACGGCGAUCGUCGUGGCGGGCAUGGGCUUCUUCACCGACGCCUACGACCUCUUCUGCAUCUCGCUCGUCACCAAGCUGCUCGGCCGCGUCUACUACACCGACCCCACCAAGCCGGACCCGGGCACGCUGCCGCCCAACGUCGCGGCCGCGGUGAACGGCGUCGCGCUCUGCGGGACGCUCGCGGGGCAGCUCUUCUUCGGCUGGCUCGGCGACAGGCUCGGCCGGAAGAGCGUCUACGGCAUGACGCUGCUGCUCAUGGUGGUCUGCUCCCUCGCCUCGGGGCUUUCGUUCGGGAGCACGCCCGCCGGCGUCAUGACCACGCUCUGCUUCUUCCGCUUCUGGCUCGGCUUCGGCAUCGGCGGCGACUACCCGCUCAGCGCCACCAUCAUGUCCGAGUACGCCAACAAGAAGACCCGCAGCGGGUUCAUCGCCGCCGUCUUCGCCAUGCAGGGCUUUGGCAUCCUCGCCGGCGGCAUCGUCACGCUUGCGCUCUCCGCGGUGUUUCGCAGGGCGUUCCCGGCGCCGGCGUACCAGGUCGACGCCGUGGCGUCCACCGUGCCGCAGGCCGACUACGUGUGGCGCACCAUCCUCAUGCUCGGCGCGGCGCCCGCGGUGCUGACGUACUACUGGCGGACCAAGAUGCCCGAGACGGCGCGCUACACCGCGCUGGUCGCCGGGAACGCCAAGCAGGCCGCCUCCGAUAUCGACUACGGCCUCUUCUCGUCGCGGUUCGCGCGGCGCCGCGGCUCGCACCUCCUCGGCACGGCCGUCACGUGGUUCCUGGUGGACAUCGCCUACUACAGCCAGAGCCUGUUCCAGAAGGACAUCUUCGCCAGCAUCCACUGGAUCCCCAAGGCGCGCACCAUGAGCGCGAUCGAGGAGGUGUUCCGCAUCUCCCGCGCGCAGACGCUCAUCGCGCUCUGCGGCACCGUGCCGGGCCACUGGUUCACCGUCUUCCUCAUCGACGUCCUCGGCCGCUUCGCCAUCCAGCUCCAGGGCUUCGCCAUGAUGACCGUCUUCAUGCUCGGCCUCGCCAUCCCGUACCACCACUGGACCACGCCAGGCAACCACAUCGGCUUUCGCCGUCAUAUCUUCCCGGCGCGGCUCCGGUCCACCUGCCAUGGCAUCUCCGCCGCCGACUGCAAGGCUGGAGCCAUCAUAGGAGCCUUCGGCUUCCUCUACGCGGCGCAGUCUCAGGACAAGGCGCACGUGGACGCCGGGUAUAAUCCUGGGAUCGGCGUGCGUAACGCGCUGUUCGUGCUCGACGCGUGCAACUUGUUGGGGUUCUUGUUGACCUUCCUGGUGCCGGAAUCGAAAGGGAAGUCGCUCGAGGAGAUGUCCGGAGAGGUCGACGGUGACCAAACCUCCGGCAACGGCGCCAAUGCCGUGCAGCCUUCCGGAGUUGAGAGAGUGUAA